UUUUAAAUCAAAUUGAUAAUGAUAAUUACUAUAUAAUAAUUAUCAGCAAGUAAUUAAAGUAUCAAUGUGAUUAUUAACAGUAGUUGUUUAGUAAUAACUUAUUUCAGUUUCAGUUUUAAGUCAACCCAUUUGCAAAAAAAAAUCGGCCAAUACCAGACUCAAUCAAUCUAAAACGUAAAUAAUUAACUUAAAGUUAUUUCAUUAAUUUAGUAUGUUUUAGAUUUAGCGUACGCAGAGAAUUCAGUGUUCUGUGAUUUUAUUGGUUUUAAGGUGGACAACAUACUCGUUAACUUGUGCGCAAGCGUAAUCAAAGUUAAAGUAGAGCAAAGAGCCAAGAGUCGGCCAGCCAGUAUUUUGUUGGGUGUUGUGCAGGUGGGUUGGGUCGUGAAAAUGACCGGAGUGGAUGAGAUAUUGAAUUAUCAAAGAAACCCUGACGAAGAUUAUUACGCUUUGCUGGGCUGCGACGAGCACUCUACGGUUGAGCAGAUAACUGCAGAGUAUAAGGUGUUGGCUCUGCAACACCACCCUGAUAAGAAUGAUGGUGAUAAAGAUGCUGAAGCUAAAUUUCAACAACUAAAGGAGGCAAAGGAGACACUAUGCGAGCCAUCCAAGCGGGCUCUGUAUGACAAGUGGAGGCAGAGUGGUGUCGCUAUGGGGUACAAGCAGUGGCUGAGCAUGAAAGAUCAUGUGCAGCAGUCAAUGCACUGGUCCAAGCCCAACACCAAGGACCGUAUGCUGGAGGGUGAGUCUGGCCACUCGUCUGGCCCAUCCAGCCUGGGCCCGAGCGUCGCUGCUGCUCGCAGGGCUUCCGAGGGCGGAGCUGCUCUCUGGGGACGCUGGGGUCCUGGCAAUCAGGAGCCACCAUCCGAAGUGAUCUCCAAGUUCCGUAAUUAUGAAAUUUAAUUUAGCAUAACAAUGCUACUUAUUUCUUUUUGUUGUGAUAUUUUUAUUGAUCUGACAUAAUUAUAAUUUUAUUCUAAGUUUUAAUUUGUUAUUUUGUGCCCCAAUGGCAGAUUUAGGAUUGGGCGUUUAUGCAUAAUUUUAAAUAAUCACCUCUUGCCAAUAUUGAUGUUGUGUUUUAAUUUAUAAAAUUAAAUAUGGUAUGUUAACUGAAGCUAUAGAAUAGCUUUAUAUUCAUCAAGUCAGCUCGUCAAAAUAGGUAAUCUUCUUGAAUGUGACUCGCAACUAUUGAUGUUAAAUGUCUUUUGAUCUAAUGAAUGUUAGUAUGUUUUAGAAGUAACUAUGUUAGAGAACCCAUGUUUAUUGUGAAACCAUUAGCGUUGAUCUAUAUUGUCCUUAGCUUUAAGCUCUGCACAUUCCUAAAGUCCAACUUAUGAGUCUGAUAUUAAACAUUUCUUCGUUAGAACAAUAUGUUAUCUAUAAGAAUCUCGAAGUUUUGAAGAUUUAUAUUUUUGAUCCCCUUUAUUACUAUUUGUCUACGGUUUGUAUUGCAUAUUCCAACAGAUUAUGGGAACGAGUGAAAUUGAAUUGUUGUGAGAUACGUACAGGGUAUAGAAGGAUGGACAGAUUAAUUUAUUUUUUAUUUGAACAAAGGAACCUGACAUCUCUACAUUGCCUAUUACUUAAUUUAUAUAAUUUAUAAAUCUAUCUCUACAAUUUAUUCCUGUUACCCAAAUCUAGUUAUAUAAGUAGAAUUAAUCACAUUAUUAUGUGUUGAAUGUUUUUAUCAGUAUUUAUGAAUCAAAUAUUUUAAAUGAAAUCUGAAUGUUAUAUUGAUGUAAUAGCUAUAUAAUGGAUGUUUUGUCUUAAAUCACAAUUAGUAAUAUAAAAUUUAGUUUUGAUGUUGUAGUAAACAAUAAAAUUCUACUCUAAAA